AUGUUGUCCUGUGCUCGAAGCCGCGUCGCGGCCUUUUCCACGGCGUGGACUCCCCGAUUCGUCGCCCGGGCCAGCUACUCGACAACCGUGCCUCGCCUGACAGAGAACCGCAUGCAAGCCAACGACCCGACCCCGCGAACUCCCAAGCCCAAUGUCUCUGCCACCAAUGCUACCCCUACCGACUCGCAGGGUGUAUGGGAUGCUCCCCUGCGCGAGGAGCCCGAGGCCGGCGAGCGUAGCCGCCAGCUUCAGGCCCCCAACCGUGCCACUACAUGGGCCGCUAGCCAGCAGCCGAGGGAACAGGCUAUGACCGGUCCUCGUUUUGAGCAGACCAUUAUGGAGCUUCAGCCUCAACCCUUGGCCGCCAUCGAACUUAUCCACAAGCAGCCCGUGCGCUGGACCAACAAGAGAAUUGUCAGCUGUGACGGCGGCGGCGGCCCGUUGGGUCACCCCCGUGUCUUCAUUAACACUGACAAGCCCGAGAUUGCUACCUGCGGCUACUGCGGUCUUCCCUUUGCCCACGAGCAGCACCGUGCAUACCUCAAGUCUCUCCCCGCUACCAGCUACCCCCUUGAACCCACCGGUGAUGCCACUGAGGUGAACGAGACGCAACGUGUUACCGAAGGUGCAUUCGAGCAGCGGUAG